AUGCACAGUCUGCACGACAAUCAAAUUGGCGAAGAUGGUGCGCGGGCGAUUGCUGAGACACUCAAAGUGAACACGACACUGACUAAAAUCAAGCUAUGGAAGAAUCAGAUUGGCGAUGCUGGUGCCCAUGCACUUUCUGCGGCACUCAAAGUGAACAAGACGUUGAUCAAGAUCGAUCUGAAUGGGAAUCAGAUUGGCGAUGCUGGAGCACAGGCGAUUGCUGAAACGCUCAAAGUCAACACGACGCUCGCUAACCUCGGUUUGCACAAUAAUAAGCUUGGCGAUGCUGGAGCGACUGCGAUUGCUGAGAUGCUCAAAGUGAACAAGAUGCUAACUUCGCUCAGCCUGGAUAACAAUCAGAUUGGCAAUGCUGGAGCGCUGGCGAUCGCUGAGGCACUCAAAGUGAACAAGACCCUGACUUGGCUCAAUCUAAGUGAGAAUCAGAUUGGCGAUGCUGGAGCGCAGGCCAUUGCUGAGGCGCUCAAAGUGAACACGACUUUGCCGUGUCUCGUUUUGAAUGAGAAUGAGAUUGGCAAUGCUGGAGCGCAGGCGAUUGCUGAGGCUCUCAAAGUGAACACGACGCUGAUUGUGCUCUUGUACGGCCGCUAUCCCUCAAAGUUCCACUUGGCGCAGAGAACUAACUGA